GGAAAAGGGUCCCACAUGUCGGCGCGAUUUUACCGUGGACGACUGGAGGGGGCGACGGGGACGAACGAGACGACCGUAUUUGUUAUCGGACUGGGAAGCAGCGGCGGUACAAAGUGUGGGAGAGAAAGGAGAAGAGACUUGAUGUCCUCGCAGUUUGUCCAAUAGAUCUCCUCGCCGCCUCACCCGUCUCCUCCUCCGCAGCUUCCCCGCGAUCCCGACCAUGGAGGGCGACGGUACCAACCUUGAUGCGGCGAUAGAGUCGCUCCUGAAUGUCGAGAAGCAGAUGAGGCUGGCCGGAGAUGUCGCCGGCACUCGGAAGGCCGUCAUCGACAUCGUCGAGCUCUGCUACAAGGCCGGCGCGUGGAAGACGCUAAACGACCAGAUCGUUCUCCUAUCUAAGAGGAGAGGCCAGCUUAAGCAGGCUAUUACUGCUAUGGUUCAGAAAGCAAUGGAGUACAUUGAUUUGACACCAGGCAUUGACACAAGCAUCGAGCUAAUAAAAACACUGAGCAGUGUCUCUGCUGGCAAAAUCUAUGUUGAGAUAGAGAGAGCAAGAUUGAUCAAAAGGCUUGCAAAAAUUAAAGAGGAGCAGGGACAAAUUUACGAGGCUGCUGAUUUGAUGCAAGAAGUUGCUGUUGAAACAUUUGGCUCUAUGGCAAAGACGGAGAAAAUUGCUUUCAUUCUUGAGCAGGUCCGGCUAUGCCUGGAUCGGCAAGAUUUUGUCAGAGCACAAAUUUUAUCCAGGAAAAUCAGUACUAGAGUAUUUGACGCAGAUCCAUCAAAGGAAAAAAAGAAACCAAAGGAAGGUGACAGUAUUGUUCAGGAUGCUCCUGCAGAUAUUCCUUCCCUUCUAGAAUUGAAGCGCGUCUACUACGAACUGAUGAUUCGUUAUUACUCUCACAACAAUGAUUACUUGGAAAUCUGCCGUUGUUACAAGGCUAUUUAUGAUAUUCCAGCAAUAAAAGAGGAUCCAACAAAGUGGAUACCGAUUCUUAGGAAGAUCUGUUGGUACUUGGUGCUAGCACCUCAUGAUCCUAUGCAAUCAAGCCUUCUCAAUGCUACACUAGAGGAUAAAAACCUUUCAGAAAUCCCAAAUUUCAGGUUAUUACUGAAGCAGCUGGUCACCAUGGAGGUGAUACAGUGGACAAGUCUGUGGGAAUUCUUCAAGGAGGAAUAUGAGAAGGAGAAGGAUCUUCUUGGGGGAGCUUUGGGUGCCAAAGCUUCAGAAGAUUUGAGGCUGAGGAUUAUCGAACAUAAUAUCUUGGUUGUAUCCAAGUACUAUGCAAGGGUUACCCUCGAGAGGCUUGCUGAUCUUCUUUGCCUGACUUUGCAGGAGGCAGAGAAGCAUCUCUCAGACAUGGUUAACUCGAAAUCUCUAGUGGCAAAGAUCGACAGGCCGAUGGGAGUUGUCAGCUUCCGGACGACCCAAGACAGCAAUGGCACACUGAACUCAUGGGCCACGAGCCUUGAGAAGCUUCUGGACCUCGUUGAGAAGAGCUGCCACGAGAUACAUAAAGAGACCAUGAUCCACAAGACGGCGUUAAAAGUUUAACUCUUUUGGUUUAGGUUUUGAAACCCGUGCUGUUCAUGAGUUACCGUAACAGGAGGGGGGGUUUUUUGUUGUUGUUGGGCACGGCCAGUGUCCCCGCAAAUUUGCUUUGACUCGCUGAAUAUUUUUCGGAUUCCUAGAUCUGCAAUCAGAUACCUAGUCCUGAAAAAAAAAAGUAGAUGCACCUUUUUUUUUAUUAAAAUUCAGUUCUCCAGGCUUCA